AUGCUAUGUCGUUCCAAACUCGCAGGCGCCACUGGGCCGGUCCUUCACGGAAUCGGUCGUCGGCAGGUUGAUGUGCUCGCGCGCGCUCGGUCGUGCUUACACUGGACUUCCGUUGAAGCGCCUUCUGGCUCGCCCUUCCUCCCCUCUGCUGCUCGUCAAUACAGAGCCGAUCCGCGCAAGAUCACUCCUACGGACGCAGAUUCUACAAUCGCCGAUACCGAAGUCCCCCCUCCACCUGAUCAUACGCAUCGCACGAACACGGUCGUCAUUGGCCCUCUUGGUUCGCAUAUGGACGAUGCCCGCCUCAAGGACGCGUGGUCUGCCCUCGGUAGAAUUGCUGAUGCGAAGGUCUACGAUGACGAUACUUAUGGCGAGCUGCUGCGCUACGGGACAGUCAAAUAUCGGUCGGCGAAAUCAGUGGACGUAGCGCUGUUAUUCGAUGGAAAGUUCCUGGGAGGCCACCGCGUGCAUGUGCGCGCGCUAUUCAGACACAUGGACACGGUCUUUGUCAAUGGUCUUGCUUUGAGUGCAGAUGAAGCCAUACUCAGGUCUGAAUUUGAAUCCUGCGGCGAGAUACUCGACAUACGUGUGGGGAUGAGUCGCCUUGGCGAUCGCACGCCCCGCGUCCACGCCCUCAUCAAAUUUGCAGACGCAAAGGCAGCCAGUCGUGCGCGCAACCGUGAUGGAAUGUGGCUGGACAAGGAACGUAUCAACGUUACGCACCAUGUCCCGCAGCCACGAACGACACUCUACCAUGCUAUUAGAGACGGGGAGCCUCCUUCCAAUAGCAUUCGUGUCAGUAAACUUCCGCCAAAAGCGAAUGAAGUUCGGCUGAAGGCGGCUUUCGAACCCUGUGGGGAAGUCGCAGGCGCACGUGUGGUCAAAUCGAACGCGGGCAGUUCAUUGGGCUUCGCAUAUGUCACCUUCAAAUCCACCGACGCGGUUGACCACGCGCUGCAGCUUGACGGUGAAAUGGUACUGGACGGAUACACGAUCAACAUAACGAGAGUCCCCUUCGCACGAUACCCCAAACCCGACCCCGGUGAUGUCACGAGCGCACCAAACUCGAUUUCGAUUCAGGGCCUUACUGAGGACGUGGACGAUGAGCAACUGCGGUGGGCGUUCGAGCCAUUUGGCGAGAUUACCGAAUGCCGCGUACUCGUCAAUCGCCUUACGCGCAAGUCCCGUGGCUAUGGUUUUGUCACGUUCGCCUCGCCUGACUCCGCCGCGGAAGCUCUGGAGUAUGGCUAUCUAAGCGUUGGUGGAUACGCUGCCAGGGUUACCAAAGUUUUCCGACGCCCGACGUCUAAGGACGCUCUGCGUGAUCCAGCUUCAACGUAUCUCGCUCAGUUGCAGUCAAUCAUCCGUCGCAUCUAG